AUGUCUCUAGAAGUGAAGGAGAAGACUGAGGUGCGUCUGGUGUUCCUGGGGUCGGCCGGCGUGGGGAAGACGGCCCUGAUCAGCCGCUUUCUCCAGGACACAUUCGAACCCAAGCACCGACGCACCGUGGAGGAACUGCACAGCAAGGAGUUCGACAUCGAAGGGGCCAAGGUCACCAUCCACAUCAUGGACACCAGCGGCAGCUACUCCUUCCCGGCCAUGAGGAAGCUCUGCAUUCAGAACAGCGACGCGUUCGCCCUUGUGUACGCCAUCAAUGACCCUGAGUCCCUGGAGGCUGUCAAGAGCCUGCGAGACGAGAUCCUGGCGGUCAAAGAAGACAAGUUCACACCCAUCGUGGUGGUCGGCAACAAGACGGACCAGCAUGGCGAGCGGACAGUGUCCAGCGAAGACGUGCUGUCCACUGUGGAGCUGGACUGGAACAACAGCUUCUUGGAGACGUCUGCCAAGGAGAACAACAAUGUCCUGGAGGUGUUCAGGGAGCUGCUGCAACAAGCCAACCUGCCCAGCCGGCUGAGCCCAGCACUGAGACGACGCAGGGAGACCUUCCCCAAAGACGGCAACAAACGGCCCCCCAUGAACAAGACCAACAGCUGCCUCAUUUCCUAAGGCAGAGGGGCUGGAGGGGUCUGACAGACAGACAAAGACAGACAGGGGCCAGAGAGGCUGAGGAUGGGGACCCGAAGCUGGGUCAGUGUUACAGACAAACACAGUGGUGUUGAAUGUGCUACUACUGCUGCUGCUAUAGACCGUGCUGCUGAGUUGGAGUCUGACGGCUUCAAUUCCCUGUAAGCCUCCUCAUCUAACCAUCCUAAG